AUGCUUUUCCGCUUGCUACGGGUUGGGAAACUGGUGCGAGCAGUGCGGAUGGUGGCGAUGACCAGCGUAUUGGCCUCGUUACAACUCUUGGUGAAAUGCCUGGCAGCCAGCAGAGACAUGCUUUGGUGGAGCUUUUGCUUGUUGGCCUUUGUUCAGUGUGUUGCUGGGAUGAUUCUGAGCACCCUUUGUCAGGAUUACAUCCAGCAAUCAGAGUAUGACCUGAAGCUGCGACAGGAAGUCUUCUUAUAUUAUGGCACAUUCACGCGGACCGUCCUCACAAUGUUUGAAAUACUUUUUGCGAACUGGACCCCGCCAUGCAGGGUGCUUGUUGACAACCUUAGUGAGUGGUUUUCAAUAUUCUUCCUGCUGUAUCGAUGUGUGCUUGGCUUUGCCGUUCUGAAUGUGGUCAAUGCUGUCUUUGUGCAGCAGACGAUGAAGACGGCAAGCUCCGACGAAGAACUGGCCUUUCGUCAGAAGGAGCGCGAUAAGGCCACAUACACACGCAAGGUGAAGAAGCUGUUUCAAGCCAUGGACUUCUCGGGCGACGGCUCCAUCAGCAUCGAUGAGUUUGCGAAGCUGGUGGCAUCGCCCAAGUUGCAGUUUUGGAUCAGGUUUGAACAUGCAACACAAUUCCAAGCUCUGAAGCGCAAAGGCCAGCUGGAGCUUGAGUAUCACGACUUGCUCAGUCCCUGGGCCGCGCUGCACACUGCACUCGAGGGCGCGGCACGUCUCCGGGGCAGUGCGAAAGCACUCGACGUUUGGCGGAUGGAGACCAAAGUAGAGGUACUCUUCGAAGAGGCGGGGCUCCAAUGGCUCCAACGGACAGCCAUGGGAUUCAUGGAAUCAUCAUUGAUGUGCGAGGUUUUUGACCAAUCUCUCUUCAAGCACAUCCAGACCACUGCACGCUCACGGCAAAUCUCCUUUUCUGAAUCACCAUCGCCGCACGAAGGUGAUUAUCGGCAAAGCCGAUAA